AUGUGCCUUCGCCCAUCAGGCGUUGCCGCCUCUGCUGUCAUGGCAGCAUCCACAGCAAGAGCAGCAGCAGCAGCGGCGGCAGUAGCACAAACAGCAGCAGUACCAGCAGCAGCACAAACAGCUGCAGCAGCAGCAGCAGCAGCAGCAGCAGCAGCACAAGCUGCAGCUGCAGCAGCACAAACUGCAGCAGAAGUCACAGCAGCACAAGUAGCACGAGGCACGGGGAGAGGGAGCGGAGGCAGGGGGCUAAGGAGGGGAGGCAGGGGGAGAGGGAGGGGCGGAGCAGCAACAAGGGGAGGAGGAGAGGAGGAGAGGAGUAGCACGUCUAUAAACGACCUUCCUGACCAUGUACUGGUUGAGAUUCUCUCACUCGCCAACCACCUUGAUCCCACUUCGCUAUCCUUGGAGAGUAUGGAGAAUCUGAAUAGUCAGGAGGAUUUUGGGCAUCUCUCUAACCUGCAAUCAUUUGUCCUGAGUGAUAACUCCGCACAGCAGCAGCCGCCAUCCUCCUUCACUCAGCUUUCGUCGCUCACACGGCUAGAGCUGAAGGGGUGCGAAUUAGCGGAGAUCCUUGAGGGCAUCAGUGGGCUGACGAAGCUUCAAGGGCUCUGCAUCGACUUAUGCAGCAAAGUGCGGGAGAUACCCGAGGCCAUCACGGCUCUCAGGCACCUGGAGAGCUUGCGCGUUGAGUGUUGUGCGAACCUCGCUCGGAUGCCCGGGAAUCUGGAGAGCCUUGAGAGGCUCAAGCAGCUUGAGAUUAAAGGAUGCCCGCUGUUGCUGGACGCUCCGUCACUACUGCCACCUUCGGUUGAGAUUCUAAUCGUACAGCAGCUGCGGGAGCUUCACAUUCAUGAUGCUCGGGAUUUGGAGGAGCUACUUGGAUGUGUUACAAUGCUGCAGCACCUCAAAUCCCUCGUAAAUAAAGCUCUAAAGCUAGCUCCCCUGCCUGACAGCAUUGGUUCGGCGUUGAAGGGACGCGCCGAGGUCUCGGUUUGGCAGAGAGUGAGUGGGUUAGCCCGAGGCUACCGUUCGAGCUCAAAUUCUACAACAGUAUGGUUACCAGGGCUGGUAGCUCCACGAAAUCCUGUGGAGGGAACAAUGGGCGGGAUUGGCAUUCGACAAACAGGUCUGUGGAAUGAGAGACUGGAGCUAGGGCUGCCUACAGACUGCACGCCUCAAAUGGCUUCCCCUCAUCUCGAUAUGGAUCACGUUAUGGCGGGCGAAAACCCCAAUCCGAGCGGGAAGGACUUCCUCUUGGAUGAUCCUACAGACGAUCUCCCGCUGGCGGAUCUUGGUGACGUUGAGUCUCAUGCCGCCAAGAAGCCGUGUGUGGCGGCGGCCGGGGCUAAUGACGGCAACCCUGGAACAUCUUCGGCCGGCUUGGCUGCAUCGGCCUCCUCUGCACCGGCCCCUCAUCGGCCUCCUCUGCACCGGCCCCUCAGCAGGGGCAAACCCUGCUGGCGGUGGAACAGCCCCCCCCCCACUCGCCCUCUUCGCCGCCCCUCGUCUGGCCACGGCGGGUCCGACGUCCCUUCCCCGCCGCCGCAGGGCGUAGUUACCCUCUUGCUGCCGGAAGCUGGUGCUGAUGCGAAUCGGGCUGACAUUCUUGUUCGGAUGUCCGCCUUGCUGCGGGGACAUAUGUUCCCGAAUGGAACCAUCCCCUCCUAUGAGGCUACGUCCGCUAAGGCACUUCGGGAUGGCCUGUCGUGGCUGGAGGAUUUGCACUUCUUCCAUCGGGUUUCGGGCCCCUACAAAGGCGUGGCGUUCACGAUCAUGGAUGGCAUCCCGAUACUAUGCCCCGAACGUAGUGAAGCGUCCGUCUUUUCCACUCUCAUGACACAACACUCCCUUGUGGACGCCUUCCGCGUCCUGCAUCCCAACGCUACUCUCUUUUCCUACUUUGGCCACCCUCGCACUACUUCCAACACAUCCUCACCCAUCCCCGCCCCUCGUCUUGAUCGCACAUAUAUCUCCGCUUCGUUGCGACCUCACCUGGCUUCAUCCCCCUAUCUCCUCAUUCUUUCUGGUGUCUCCGAUCACACCCUUGCACCGCUCUGCUCUUUCCUCUUCGAUAACCCUGCUGCGGUACCCCGCGCAUGGCGUCUCGGCACCUCCCUCCCCCCCCGCCCCAACAUCUCGCGCAUUAUCGAUGAACACCUCCGUCUUCUCCCUUCCCCCAUAUCCCCCAUCGAUUGGGACCUAUGGAAAUUCUGUCUGUGCCUUGCCCUGAAACGCUUCUCCUCCCAGGAACGUCGCCGUGUGGACAAAACAGUCGUCUAUCUCUGUCACCUCAUCUGCUCACUACAACACCAAGCCUCCUCUCAUCCUCCCGAUUCAUCUGUCACGGCACCGCUGCUUCAAGCCAAGCAACAACUUGCGGCAUAUGAAACCACCAAAAUAACCGAAGUUGCUUUGAAAGAAAAACUCAAAGUUGAAACCCAUCGGGAAGUGGGUCUGUCGUCUCUUCUUGUUGGACUUGGCUCCCGCUCCAAGGCUGCCCACAUCUCGUCCAUCAUCCUCCCAAAUGGGCAAUCGACAUCGCACCUCCCCACCAUAACAGCGAUUUGCACAGACUUUUUCAAAUUACUUUACAGUGGUAAUACCUUCAUCUCGCGUGAUGAGUCCUUUUGGCAACACGUUCCUCGGACUUCCCUCCCGUCCUCAAUGCUCUCCUCCCUGGCUGCUCCUUUUACGCCCCUCGAGAUAGGCAAAGCCAUCUCUUUGCUCGCCGCGGAAAAACCCCUGGACCAGACGGCCUUCCGGGCGAGCUUUAUCGAUAUCUCAAGCCCCACUUCGCCCUGUGGAGGAGCGUUCGUCUGGGAAGCGCGGUAUUUAUCGCGGAUUGCCAUGGCAACGUCUUGGGCGUUUGCUGCUCAAUCGGACGCUACCUGCUACACGUGGCUGCCACGUGCUCGCAGGCCACUCGCACGCGCAUCACUCCCUGCCAUCCCCUUCCCGCCUCUCGCGCCUCUCAUCGCCGCGGCGCCACUCAUCGACGCCGCACGCAUCUCGCCUCGCCCCCUCCCUCGUCCCCUCCCCUCACUCCUCUCCUCCGCGCCGCACGUCUCCCCUCUGCCCGCUCGGCGCGCGUCGUCGCGGCCCGCUUUAUUGCGCGCUGCGUCCGUGCGGGCGGCAGCUGACGCGGGCAGCGAUGGCGGCGGCCCCGCCACCGCGGAAGGUGCGUCGCCGGCCAAGCGUGGCUCCCCCCUCUUUCUCCUCCGUUGA